GACAGGUGAGGUUGAAAUUUGACUGUUUCCUAAGUUGCAGACCCGGGCAGAAAGCAAAGAGCAAAGGAAUCUAGCCAAAAGCCUACAGCAUGGAGACAGCAAGGACAAAUGGGACCAUUGGAAAGCAAGAGGAAGGGAAGAACCCAACUUCUCCUAAGAAGGAAGGAGGAGAAGAAGGGAAGAAUGCCACCAGCCCAAAUCGAGGGGAAAAAGACGUCAACAAAAACAACUCCAGUCCCUCGAUGGAGACUGGCCAGCUGAAAAAUUCUAUUUAUGCUGGGGGUGACUGGAAGAGACCAAUCAUCCAGUUUGUUGAAUCGUCCGAUGAGAAGAGGUCGACCUACUUCAAUAUGGAGUCUGGGGAGUCUAAGAAGCCCAACUUCCCGAAUGUCCCGCUAGGGGAAACGAGGAGAUCCCAAAUGACCUUCCCAGAGAGAGGGGAUCUGAGGAAGUCCUUGUUCAAUAUGGAAAUGAAGAAGCCCUUUGCUAAUGAAGGGGAGGUGAAAAAACCAUUGUAUUCUAGUGGGCCGAUCUCCGAUCUAAGGAAAUCCACAGUCUCCCUCGGGGAAUCAGGAGACGUCAAAAGAAGCAACUACAACAGGGCCAGCCGGAGUACCACUUCCAGGCCCCGAGUCCUGGAAGAGGUCCUUUGUGAUUCCUGCAUUGACAACAAGCAGAAAGCUGUCAAGUCCUGCCUGGUGUGUCAAGCCAGCUUCUGUGAGCUCCACUUGAAGCCCCACUUGGAAGGGGCAGCUUUCCGAGACCACCAGCUCCUAGAUCCCAUCAAGGACUUUGAAGCCCGGAAAUGCCCUGUGCAUGGCAAGACGAUGGAGCUCUUCUGCCAGACUGACCAAGUCUGCAUCUGCUAUCUCUGCAUGUUCCAGGAGCACAAGAACCACACCACUGUGACAGUAGAGAUUGAGAAAUCUGGCAAGGAGACUGAACUCUCCUUGCAAAAAGAGCAGCUGCAGCUCAAGAUCAUUGAGCUUGAGGAUGAGGUGGAUAAAUGGCACAAAGAACGGGACCGUAUCAAGAACUUUACCACCAAUGAGAAAGCUACAGUAGAUCAGCAUUUCAAAGAGCUGAUCCGCGACUUAGAGAAGCAGCGGGAUGAAGUGAAAGCUGGCCUGGACCACAGGGAGAAGGUUGCCGUGGAGAACAUUAAGGAGAUUGUGGAGGAACUGGAAGAGAGGGCCAAGCUGUUGCAAGAAGAUAAGGAGACGAGGGAGCAGAUCAGCCAAAUCAGUGACUCAGUGCUCUUCCUGCAGGAAUUUGGUGCGAUGAUGAGGAAUUACACCAUCCCGCCAUCUCUGCCAACAUAUAGCAUUCUGCUUGAGGGUGAGAACAUGAGCCCAACUAUGGGGCUCCUUAGAGAUGACCUCCUGAACGUAUGCAUGAGACAUGUCGAGAAGAUCUGCAAGGCAGACCUCAGCAGGAACUUCAUUGAGAGGAACCACAUGGAGAAUGGAGAUAACCGUUUUAUGAUGAACAACUACACUGACUGGAACCAGCCAGAUAGCCUCAAGAGGUUUUCCAUGUUCUUGAGUCCAAAAGGAGGGAACUACAACUCCAGAGCCUGGGAGUUUUCUGCCAUGCAGACGGCUGCGGAGGAGACGCUUACAACAGGAAAUUCUGCUUUCUCCCUGAAAGUGGGCAGUGGGACCAAGAUGCCAUAUCAGUUCCCCCCAAUUGGUCAGAGUUCACCCGGCGAUUUCAGCAAGCGGUCCGACGGGAGCCUGUAUACUAAGAAUGCUUAUCCCUCAAUAGUGAGGCACCAAACCGCAGCUAAGACACAGCCACAGACAUGGAAAUCUUCCAAGCAGAGCAUGCUGUCUCACUACCGCCCUUUCUACGUGAACAAGGGCAAUGGAGUCACCUCCAAUGAAGCACCUUGAUCGCCGAGGUUUGCCGGAGCAGCCGACCAUUCUGGGAGGAGAAGCGCAAAUGAGAGUUUUCACAGAUGCCUCUGCUAUUGUAUUAUCCCUGCUGUGUGCUAAUAUUUUUGUUUGUUUGUUUUUAAGGGGAAAAAAGACUCUGGGGGGGGAAGGUGUAGUAACUAAUGUCCCAUUCUAGAGGGAACUGAAUGACAAAUGGAUCCCUAGCCAGGUCGGCCUUGGAUCCCACCAUGCUAUAAUGGGAUAAAAGCUUUGCAGUCUCUCAGAACACGACCCCCAACAUAAACCCAAACAUAGCUUGGGAAGUUGCUUUUCUUUUGGACUACAGCUCCCAGAAUCCCCCAGACAACACACAUCUAGUUAUUUGUACACCCUUCAACAUUUCAGAAUCAGCUGUCAAUUUCUUAAUCAAAGCAAAUUCCAUAAUUGGUUUCUCUGUUGAAGGAGAUUUAGAUGGCUAGGUGAUGGUUUUAUUUUAUGUAGAUCCCAGAAUCCUCCAGGCACCAGGGCCAAUGACUAUGCCAG